UAGCAUCAACUCUUAAUACAAACAAAAUCAAUAAAACAGGUAGUCGCAUUAGCAAUCAGCGCUUUUUCAAAUGCAUAAGGUUCGCAUCGUUUUGUCAUUCACAAUCAUUUAGAUCGGCGAGAUAAAAAAAAACAGCGGGAAAUGGCGGCGGCGGAGGAGGUGAAAGCGAUGCUGAAGGAAGCCUUCGGCGAUUCAUCUUCGGAAAGCGACGGAGAACCGUCGCGUGGUAUGCGGAGACGAGCCCGAAUCAGCGAUUCGAGUGACGAGAUAGCGAGACCUACCUCAAUUUUCGGGGAUAGCCACACUUGGGAGCAGAUCAAUGAAAUCGAUGGCCUCUGGAUAUGCAGGGAGUUUUUAUCCGCCGAUCAGCAGUCUUCGCUGCUAUCUUCACUUGAACGAGAUGGAUAUUUAGCUGAAGGCUCGCUCAAUCAGGCUAUGAGGUUUGGAGAUCUUCCUCCUUGGGCUCUUGAACUUUCACGCAUUGUACGCGAAAACAUUCUUUUUAGCGCUGGUUUUUCUGAAUCAGGGGAUCUAGAAAACGAAGAAGAGUGUUUAUUUCCAUCAGAAUUGCUGUGGAGGGAGCCACUUUUUAACCAACUUAUAGUGAACAUAUACCAGCCAGGUGAGGGGAUUCGGGCGCAUGUUGAUCUGAUGCGCUUUGAAGACGGAAUAGCAAUAGUGUCGUUGGAGUCGGCCUGUGUGAUGCGAUUCAGCCCGGUCGAAGCAUCCUCAGACUCAGUUGAGCUACUCCUGAGCCCGGGAUCACUAGUGUUGAUGUGGGGUGAGGCGCGCUACCUGUGGAAGCACGAGAUCAACCGCAAGCCCGGUUUCCAAAUCUGGCAAGGCCAAGAAAUUCACCAGGAGAGGAGAACCUCCAUCACCCUCAGAAGGCUCUGCCCAACACCACAACACUAGGUCUAAGAUACAUAUGUAUUUUAUUGAAGCGAUUUUGCUUUUACAUUCUUAUUUUCAACAUUAUAAGAUGCAAAAUGGCCAUCUGCAGUGAAGUAACAAACUUGAAAAGAAAUAGAUUCAAGUAAAAAUGUACAAACAUUAUAUUUUAACUAGUGCCAUCUUGGCAACGAUCUUCAUUUUUCGAGCUGAAA